UUUUGCUUUGGAUUACUCUUUAUUUAUAAUGCUGAGCUUUACGGCAUGAUUAAUCCGAGGAACUGAGAGCGCGCUACAUCUGGAAAUUUCGAUAAGGGAGCGCCAUAUACAUAUACGGCUGUAAACGUUGGGUUGCAGUCAAACGACGACAAACACUUGAAGAGGUUGGCAGUGCAUUCUGAAAAAUACAUAAAGUAGCUAAAAUGAAUGAUGAAGUUAAAAGAGAGCAUGUUCAAAAGUCUGACUCAGAGGAAGAUAAGGGCAAAAAGGAAAUUCGUUCUGCCUUAAAGGCGCUUUUUGAGCCCGAUGUGCAACCAUUUUUGGAUUCGGACUAUGCCGAACAUGUUGAAGGGCUGAACGUACCAUUACAUGAUCAUCAAGAGAAGGGUCUGAGGUGGCUGCGAUGGCGUGAGUCUCAAGCCAUGCGUGGUGGUAUUUUAGGCGAUGACAUGGGCCUGGGCAAAACGAUGCUUAUGAUUGCGUUAAUACUAUUUGAUAAGGAAACAAGAGAGAAUCAGUUGAGAGAAGCAAAGCGAAAAUGUACAUCAGAAACUGGCGGUACUUUGGUAAUUUGUCCACUAAGUGUGAUUUCACAAUGGUUUAUCGAAGCUACUACAAAAGUGGCCAACAACGGUAUUAAAACGCUUAUUUAUCAUGGACCUAAGCGUCGUAAGGGAACUUUAACAGAAUUGCUAGAUUACGAUCUAGUGAUCACUACAUAUGGCAUUGUCGUUUCCGAAUGGAAAGAUUAUGAUGAAAAUCAAAAGAAUAGCUGGCUGUUUAACACUGAGUGGAAACGUCUUAUUCUGGAUGAAGCUCACAAUAUUCGCAACCCAAAAACUUUAAGAUUUAAAGCUGCGUCCAACAUUGAUGCUUGUUAUCGCUGGGCGGUAACUGGUACACCAAUACAAAAUAGCCCCAUGGAUGGGUUCGCACUGUUAAAGUUCCUCAGAGUUCCGCAUUACAUAAAUGUGAAUGUGUGGAAAGAAAUUCUCGAACACAGUUAUGGACCAAAGCUAAUGAAACUAAUAUUCCAAAAGCAUAUGCUACGUCGCACUAAAAAUCAAUUAACGGAUUUGGGCUUGUCUCACCUACCGCCAAUGAAAGUGGAAUUGCAUAAGGUAAAGCUAUCGACGCAGGAAAAACAAAUUAUGCAAAUAAUCGAUGCUAUCUAUCACAAGACACGCUUUGAGCUUUGGAGUAACGAAAAUAUGCCAAAGGACGAAAAUGCAAAGAGUGCAAAGAAAAAGAAACAUAUAAAGGACGACUAUUUUACUGUGUUAACUAACAUGCAACAAGCUAUUUCGAAGCUCGAGGACAAAGCUGAGUUUAUUAAGCUUUACGAAGUAUAUAUAAAAUCCCGAAGCAUAAACGAAAAUGAUAGAUUAAUAAAAAACAAAGAUUUAUUAGUGCUAAUGACUCGCCGUCAACAAUUUUGUUCUCACCCAUAUCUCAUGGUUAUGCCAGAUGAUGCAGAGCAUCCACAGGAUUUAGGCAGAUCGUUGAAAGAAGCAUGCGCUGAACCUGAAAUAUUUGAAUUGGAAGUUCCUUCAGCUAAAUUAGAUAAGGUGUAUUCACUUCUUGAUAGAUUGUUGAAAAAUACAAGCGAUAAAAUUAUAGUUGUUUCUCAGUGGACCAAGUUUUUGUCAAUAGUGAAGCUGUAUUUGGAGCAAAUGCAUCUUGAAAUACUUCAAUAUAAUGGCAAAAUGAAAACUAAUGAACGUGAUCAAACUUUAAAAGAAUUUAAAGACAAUCCCAAUAAGCGCAUUUUACUGUUAUCUAUUAAAGCUGGAGGAGUCGGCCUUAACCUUACCACUGCCAAUCAUAUGCUAUUGUUAGAUCCACACUGGAACCCUCAACUGGAGCACCAAGCCAUAGAUCGUAUACACCGAGAGGGUCAAACAAAAAAUACUCAUAUUUAUCGAUUCACCUGCAGUGAGUCUAUAGAUAACCACAUAAAAGUUGUACAAAACAAUAAAAUGCAAAUUGCGGAUCAAAUUUUAAAUGACGAUGAUGAAUAUCCUUCAUUGGAUAAGCUUAUGGAAUUACUGACCAUAUAAAAUAUGUAUUAAUACUAAGCUUUUUUAUGUACACAUGACAUAAAUAAA